UCGAUUCUAGGGGAGUAUAUGGUCGAUGAAAAAACUUCGAUUAAAUGACUUAUUGCCAUCUUACUGUCGGGCGUUUGGAGACUGAGGUGCACUCACACGCUUUUUUUGCUUUAUGAAUGACAGUAAAUGUGACAACACCACAUAGUUCAUAGAAAGUGCUGAGGGCACAUUGAAACUGCGGAGGCGUAAAGGAAAUCUGACGCAUAUACACUUGAAAACGCACGUAACGAGAAAUAAUUUAGCUCAGUGUGUUGGAAUGAAAUAAAACAGAAAUUCACUUAAAGAAUAAAAAAAAACACAACACACUCCAGCUACAGCUUCUUCCUCCUUUGGGUCGCAGGUCUCUAUUAUUGAUUCCCAAAGGCUGCUGCUGCUGGCCAAUGGGGUUCCGACAGUUCUUUUUUCAAAGGGAGCAGAUGAAGUGAUGAGAUUCGUGUAACUUUUCGAUGACCCCUUCUUGACAAAGACAGUGUCCAUCAAUUGUCCUCACUCAUUAUUCGCUGCUUUUAUGCCGAAGGGCUUUUUGUAUCUUUUGUUUGUAUCUCUGUUCAACACCAUGCCUUCAAGUUAGACCUUAGAAACUGAAUAUAAUAUAAUAUAUAUAUUUUUUCUGCAGCAACCCUACGCCAGUACUCUCUUUGUCUUCGUAAUACAUUAGUUUAAAGUUAAACACACGUUGGAAUUAUAUGUGUAUAAAAAAAAUCCAGCUAGUUUAUUUAUUAUCAAUAUUUUCCCUGCUAUAUUUGUUUGUUUUUAAGUUUCGUCACGGGAGUUUUAUUGUAGUCCAUCUGAAGUACCAAAUUAGCUUUAGUUGUAUGUUUACCCGUUCAUGGACCAGCAUCACCUCCAUUGGCCGAUCUGGUCACAUGGUUCGCUAACUUUAUUCAGUUGACACCAAGUAGGAGGGCUUUAUGGAGGGAGGAAAAAAAGACAACUCGAGAAAAAUUAGUAUUUUCUACCCUCACAAAUUAAUGGCCAUGAGUUCGUAUUUGGUGAACUCUAAGUAUGUGGAUCCCAAAUUUCCUCCCUGCGAGGAAUAUUCACAAAAUAACUAUAUACCUGAGCAGGGCGCGGACUUCUUCAGUCCAACGCAGGACACAGACUUUCAGCACCCAGGGAUCUACCCGCGGCCGAACUUCACGGAGGAGCCCUUCAGCUGCAACACCGUGCAGGACUCCGCCGGGCAGCCCCGGGGUCAUGUGCACCAGAGAUCCAGCCGCUCGAGCUCUAUUAGCGCACAGACUGAGCACGGGCCCCCGGUCCAAGCGGCCGGACCCCGGACUUGUGGACAGCAGCAAAACACAAAGAGCCAACAUGGGAUACAGUCCAAGCAGCCCGCGGUAGUCUACCCUUGGAUGAAGAAAGUCCACGUUACUAAUGUUAACCCGGAUUACACGGGACCCGAGCCCAAACGGUCCAGAACAGCAUACACCCGACAGCAGGUUUUGGAGCUUGAAAAGGAGUUUCAUUUUAACAGGUAUCUGACCAGGCGGCGACGGAUUGAGAUUGCCCACACUCUUUGUCUCUCCGAAAGGCAAAUCAAAAUCUGGUUUCAAAACAGACGGAUGAAAUGGAAGAAAGACCACAAACUACCAAACACCAAGGGCCGAUCGGCACCAGCCGGCCAUCUGCAAAGCAUCCAGAAGGACAGCCAGACUGACAUCACGUCUUUAUAAGAGAGGAAGAAGGUGUUACGCUUUUAGAAAUAAACUGUACAGAUAAAAGUCAGGGUUUGCAUCUGGCUUUUGCAUGGACUGAUUUUGUUUUUAGCCAUUUUUUUUUAAUUUAGCAAAGACCACAGCAGUAUUGACUCGAGAAUCAGAAAGGUCGAUCAGUCUUUGUGAGAGAGUGAGAGCUUUGAAAGUUCCCCAGUGUUUUAAUUUCUUCAAAGAGACACAAACAAUAUCGAAAGAAACCUUUUUUUUUUUGGGACGUUGCCCACCUGAGGACAUUUAAUGAGCAACCUGGAAUGAUUUCCCCGACCUAAACAAAGCGUUGCAGCUCAGUCCACGUGGAUUCACGUAUAGGUUUAAAGAUGGAAAUAUCUUUAAUCAGAAGAGGAGAGCCUUUGGUACAAAUAACACAGGCUCAGAGGUUAUUUUCGUUUAUCUUCCUAGCCGAUCCUCACUUUAAUUGCACAAUAUAUACAUAAUAUACUUGAAGGAACCAAUAUCUGCAAAGAGCACGCCAAACAAAACCGAUUUCGUGAGUUGCGAAAAUCCCGUUGAAUUUUUUAUGUUUUACGUUUCUUUGUAAGUAGUAUGUUUUAACUUAUUUUGUACAAAUAAAGGUCAGGAAAUGUGUCAGCCUAAAUAGUACUAUAGCCCAAAUCAAGACAUUCCUGUUUGCAUACAAUUCGGAGAACCCUUUAAAAUCUCUCCUGACAUCUUUGAAAACAAUGUACAUUUUGCAUGGCAUCGAAUUGAUAUUGGAUGUUUUCACAUCGAAAAAAAUCAAAUUCAGAAUAUUUAGGAUUAUAUUUGUUUAUUUCCUUUUGGUAUUAUUUGUUUGCGCCAUUAUUUAUUUGUUUGAAAAAACGUGUACAUUUUCCUAUAGCACACACAAAUACGAAUUAAAAGUCUUCGUUGAACUUUAAUUGAUCUAAAAUGUGUUUGAACUCUUGUGGGUUAUUAGCAUGGCUUUAUGCGAAGUUUUAGUCCUUAGUUGUGUGAAUCUUGGAGUUUUUCAUUUACACCGGGCCAACCGAGGGGGGCUUUCACCACACAUCUCAAGACAGCUACUUCUUGUUUUAUACCGUCAUUGUCUUCGGACAAACAAAAAAAAAAAAGCACAGAAGCUCCCCGAGUACGAAAAGGUCUUCUCUGGGAAGCCUUUACGAUGCGAGGCUUGAAAAGGUAUUUCAACCGAAGGUCGACAAAGCAGCAGUGGAAGGUUCAUCCAGGGGACACAUUUUAGCCGCAAGAACUGACCCCAGCACCCCUGACCCGCCGGACAAGCAGCAUUUUCUCUCCCAGGCGCUGUUCACUUUGGUUCGGAGGGGUUUUCCACAAAGUUAAAGAGCCAAAGCAUUCAAAGCAAGAGUCUGUGCGUAAAUUACGUAUUUUUUACACGUAUUUUUUGACAGCAGGCCUAUUUUAAAAGCUUCUGAUUUGUGCAUUUGUCUCUUCAUGUCAAUAUGCAAUAUUGCAAUAUGCAUUUGGGUUUUUAUUUUUGUACAUGCUUUUCACUUUGUAUUGUGCAUUGAGAUGCGAGAAGUAUACUGGAAAAAUAAAGAUUUCUACUGAAUAUGCA